UUGUCUGCAAAUAGCACUUUCAGUUAGUCUAAUAUCAUACAUGAUCCGGUAAAGUGUGUUUUAUAUUUAAUUUUUAUUUUGUGAAACAGCAAACAUGGUCCAAAGGCAUAAAGAUGUUGGAAUUAAUUGUAUUAAAUAUAUGUUGUUAUUUAUAACAGCUAUAUUUGUGAUAACCUCCGCGUUGAUUAUAUCUGUGGGCACGACGAUAUACGCCAUCUACCAUGAUGUCGCAUUCUUCCUCUACGACAACUUCUUCUCGCCAGCCAUGCUGGUCAUCGUCAUUGGCAUCAUCAUGCUGUUUGUCUCGCUGUUCGGAUGCAUCGGUGCGUUGAAGGAAAGCACCUGCAUGGUCAACAUUUUCGCAGUAUUCCUCAGCAUUGUACUGAUCUUGGAGCUGGCUGCUGCGAUAGCAGCGUACAGUCUCCGAUCUCAGAUCGGGGACAUGUUGGACGAUAAACUGACACUCUCGAUACCAUACUAUUACGAGAGCGAUGAAGUACAGGACUCGUUCGACUUCAUUCAGAGCAGGUUGAACUGCUGCGGAGUGGACAGCUACCUCGACUGGGGCGACGUGGAGUCCCCAGCAGGUGUAUCAGGUAUCAAGAUUGACAACAUGACAGUCCCCAACUCUUGCUGCGCCAUGACUCGCACCGAAUUAGUUGGAGAUCUUGAAGUUGAACAAUGCACAAAACUUUAUGCAAAUGGAUGCUUGCCGAGAGUGUACUACUUGAUAUAUCAGAGUGCUGGCCUGUUAGGAGCUGGAGCAAUGACUAUUGCUUUGAUUCAGUUCAUCGGUAUCGUGUUCUCCUUCUCUUUGGCAAGAUCUAUUCGAAGGGCCAAAUCUGAACGUCAACGCAGACUAUGGGAAAUCCAGGAGCGUGUACUCAAUAGCGAACAUUCCGCAAAAUUGGGUCAUGAAAAAAUUGUUCCCGUUGUCUAUGUACCGUACCAUGGACAAAGUAAUGCAUAAACAAAUAUAUUUUUUAAUUAAAA